GCUUAGUCAAAACUUAGCGCUGUGAAAGGCCAAAGUUUCAAUGGGAGGUGCAUGGUCCACCGGAUCUAUCCAGGCCUUUAGUGCCCCAGCUUUUUCAGAACGAAGAUCGAGCUCUGCGUUGCUCGACAAGGGUUUUGCUGCUCUUGAACGUGACUUUGAAGCUUCCAACAGAAGACUCGAUGUCGCCGAAAGAACGGAGGAUUUCCCAACGCUGCCAGUGGGGCGCAGUUCUCCCGACGAGGCAGACUUUGACCAAUUGGAAAGUCCCGCGCUGAGUCCGCAGCAUGACUCGGCUGCCAACAAAGUGGAGUUGAAAUUGAUUUGGAUGGACGGCUCUGUGAUCCAGCUCAAGGUGUCACUGACCGCAACUUGCAAUGAUGUCAUAUCCUCGCUGCACCGACGUGGAGUGAUUUCAACUGGAUGCCCUCGUUUGCUCCUUGGCACCUCCUUGCUGGAAGGAGGCACUUGUUUGAGUGAGACCGGAGUGUCCGAUGGUAGUGAGCUACAGCUUGUCUUGUCCCAGCCUUGCCUCAACCUCGAUGUCAGUGACAACAACCUGGGGGAUACCGGGCUUGAAGCUCUAGUUGAAGGUCUGCCAGGACCCCUUCAAAGAGUAUCUUUAUUGAGAAGUGGGCUGUGUGGAAAGGCAGGGGGUCGAGCUGUGGCAAAGCUAAUGAAAGCCUCUCCUGGUCUCGAGUUUCUGGACCUGAGUGGAAACAACGGUUUUGGAGCUGUGUCUCUUGGUGACACUGGUAUUGACCUGAAGGCCUUAGCGGCUGAGAUCCAUAGUUGUUACUCCUUGGUUCAUGUCACUUUGGCCGAUUGCAGCUUGGAAGGGUUUUUGGGAGGCCAACAGCUGGCGUGUUUGCUCUACAAGACUCCGAAUUUGCAGCGCCUGGAUGUACACAGCAACAACAAUUUGGGAUCUACUGGAAUGCUGGCACUGUCCAGUGCUUUGUCCGCAUUGAGGCGUCCACUAAAGCUGACCGGAAUGACGCUGGAAGAUACCGGCCUGGAAGGAGAGGAGGGGGGAGACUCGGCUGGAAUUUUGCUCCACCAAAUCCCCUUCCUGACGAGUUUGAACAUCUCCAACAACCUGUUGCUGCCAGCAGGCCUUCAAGCUCUGGUGAAAACGAUGCCUGAUACCACCUGCAUCUCGAGAUUGGAUGCUUGCAACAUUGGCUUGCCGUGCAAACUUGGCCUGCAGGAGGCCGAUUUUUUCAGACUUCUCCUUGAAAAGUGCCCUGGCUUAAAGCUUGUGGAGAGUGAGGGCCACACUUUUGACGGACCACCACAAUUCAAUGAGAUUUUGUCUCGCAUGGAACUUAUCCGAACACCUGGCGAAGUUCAUGAUCAGAUUGAGCUGCUAGACAUCUCUCAGCUUGUGCUUGAUCAUCCUUUGGUCGCGACAGACUUCAAGCGUUUGACUGGACUGAGCUUGCAACAGCUACAGAAGCUUCGCUCAUUCAACCUCAACAGCCUCAACCACAGUUUUCAUAGCCUUCCAGGAAAUUUGGGUGGCAUAGAGGGAGGAAUUGUUCUUGUCAAGGUCCUGGAUGCAAUGUCAAGUAUCGAGCAUCUGAGCUUCAAUGCUUCUCGCCUAGGUGUUGCAUGGACUCUUGGUGUUGGACAGGUUUUGAUCGAAAGCUUGCGGUCGGAGAGUGGGAUUGGUCGAGAAAGACCGGAUGGGUCCCAGCUGACGAUCCCCAGGAUUCAAUUGACGUCUCUGAAAUCAAUAGAUCUAAGUGAGUGUGGUCUUCAUGCUGAUGCAGGGAGCAUGCUGGCGGAACUGCUCCAGGCCUUACCGGGACUUCGCGGUUUGUCUUUGGCCAGGAACUAUCGGCUCGAAAACGCUGGCGUGCAAGCUUUUGCCAACAGACUCAGAGAAGAAGCACGUGGACAUUCACUGGUCGAAAUUGAUUUGAGUUGUUGCUCCCUUUCUGGUGAGGAGGGCAAGGUUGCAGUCCUUGCAAUGCUCCAGCAUCUUCCGGAGCUAGACGCGCUGGCUGUUUCCAGCAACCCUGGCCUGGGCCCUCAUGUCGCUCCAAUUUUGGAGCAUGUCCUUUGCAACACACAGAUUUCCUCCCUGAGCUUUGGCAGCUGCGGGAUUUCUGCCAAUGUGCGUUUGAACCUGGCGUUGCUCAGGAGUCCUCACCUUACCUCGCUGGACAUGAGUGGAAACACGGAGAUAGGCCCACUUGGGUUGCAAGGUUUCACUUCUCAGUUGCCAAAGAUGAAUUUGCAACGAUUGAACUUGGCUGAUUGUGGCCUAGAGUCUAGGGCAGGUGGAGAUUCAAUAGCUGCCCUAGUGUCUCGAAGCCAAAGCUUGCAGUGACGCCGUGGAUUCCGCUGUAAAACAACUUUUCAGUUCCUUGUCUGAAGUUUUAAAACGAGUUGCUGAACGGCCUA